AUGGGCGUCCAUGGUCUCACCACCUAUCUCCGCGAACACAAGUCUACUCUCUCCAAUACUCUCCAGCUUCCUCUCUCGCAUCUCCCGCACACCAACGGACGGAAUGCAGACGGAGAGGGCCAAAUUCCGGUAGUGGUGGACGGCUGGUCAUUCAUCUUUGAAGUUGUCCACUGCGCCGAUCUCCCAUGGGUCUAUGGCGGCGAAUAUACGCAGCUGUCUCAGCUUGUUAGACAGGUCGUCCACGCGUGGAUAGAGGUCGGCCUCGACCUGCACUUCGUUUUCGAUGGCCCAUACCCUACCCUCAAGUUCCCGACCCUGAUCUCGCGCCACACCCAAAACCAGGUCCAAAAUGCGCUGCUCUUCUUUCGCACCUCCGCCACCGCUCGCGCAGCACCGCGCUUCCUCCGCGAAACUGCCAUGCUGCCGCCACUGUCGUACGGCGUGUGCGUCGACACGCUGGUCGAGCUCGCAGCCGGGGCGCAUGCAGGCCGGCUACAUGUGCACAUUGCGGACGAAGAAGGCGACCCGUACGCCGUCGCACUUGCUGGACGACUGAAUGCCUAUGUCGCUGGGCGAGACUCGGACUUCGUCGUGCUGAACACGGAAGGAUACCAGGGAUACAUCCCGCUCGACGAGAUGGUCUGGACCGCGGCGAACGCGGGGGAUGGAGACGGCAGCGUCUACUCGCUGGACACGGAACCGGACGUGGACGACGGCGGCUUCAAGCCCGCACGUUCAGGCAAGGCGCGCAAAAAACGCGCCGUGGCAGACCAGCAGGCCGGGCGCGGGAUUAUCCCUCCAGACGACACGCAAGGCCUCGCGCUUUCGUUCACGGUCUACAGCCCCGCGACGCUUGCUGCACACCUCGACAUCCCCGCGUCGCUCCUCCCGCUGCUGGGAGCGCUCGUCGGGAACGACUUCACCGGGUCCUCAGACGACGCGGGCGCCGCGGGCAGCCGCCGCGCGAACCUGCAGCGGCUCUUCUUCGAGCGGCAGCUGACGCUUGGACAGCGUAUCGCACGCACCGCGAGCACACUCAGCGGGCUGCUCGCCGCCGCGUUCGGGCAGCCCGCCCCAGGGGUGCAGAAGAAACGGACGAAGAAGCCGAUCGGGAGCGUGAUGGAGCUCAUCGACGCGGCGGUGGGCGCGCUGCUGCUGCGUCCGCUGGAUACGUUCGGCCCGGGCGAGCGGGAGGCGGUCGUAGAGCGCGUCGUGGAGGCGACGCUGCAGUAUGCGAUCCCGCGCCCGCCGGACGAGGAGGAGGCGGGCGGGGAGGGGUGGGUGUCGGAGGUGUGCGCGCUGCAUGUCGCAGAGGCGUGUCCGUUGUUCGCGUCGCUCUCGAGGCUGGUGGCGCCGGUUCCUGGGGACGUGACGCCGGAGGACGUGCCGCUGGGGAAGAAGCUCGCGGGGGAGGACGCACAUGCGGCGGUGAGGGCGGCGUAUGUCGCGGCGUACAGGCGCGGGGAGAUGAACCCGCAUGUGCUGGACGCGGUGCAGAGCGCGACGGCGUGGCCGUGGCUGUUCCUGGAGGACCCGGACAAGGAAUGCGUCGAGCGCAGUGUGGGGCGGCCGAUCCGCGAGUGGAUGUAUGCGGUGCUCGAUGCGAGCGUCGGGCUCCCGAGUCCGCCGGUGCCGGAGGGCGAAGAGGCCAAUGCGGAUGAGGAUGAGGACGAGGAUGAGGACGAGCUGAUCGACGUCGUGGAGGAAGACGACGACGUGGACCCGCUGGCGCGGCUGCGCGGCGCGCUGAAGGAGCUGGACAGCGACGACGAGGACGGGGAGAGCGCGGACGACAGCCCACCACCGUCCAUUCCGUCGACCUCUGCGAGUUCCCAGCCGAAAAUUAUCACAGAGUACGUCCGGCGCGGGACGCGUCUCGCCCCCGAGGAAGUCGCAGUCCCCCCGCUCGCCGAGCUCCUCCGUACCAUCGCACUCGAGAGCCCCGUGCACCCGCGCACGCGCCUCCCGCUACCCCCGCCUCUCUGGCCUAGGGAAGCGCGGCGACGCCUGCUGCUGGGCGCACUCGAGUCGGACGGCCCCGCGGUCGCGGCGCUGCCGGACGACCGCGUGCUGGGCGUGGCGGCGCUGCGGUUCGUCGUGCGCCGGAUGCACGUGCGCGCGCUGGAGGCCCCGGGCGUGAAGGAGCGCCAGCAGGAGCGGUGGACGCGCGCGGAGGCGCGUGCGUUCCUCGCGUGUGUCCGGCCAGAGGGCCAGGUGGAGGCGGACGGGGAGCAGCAGGUGCCGAUUCUGGAGCGGCACGUCCAGCUCGUUGCGCAGAUCGGGGCGGCGCUCGGGGCGGCGGAGCGGCUCGCGCAGGUGCUGCUGCUCGCCCCGGGGAUCGCGAGUCCUGCGAGGUACUUCUCGGGGGCGCGGUUCCAUGCGCUGUUGAGUGGGGAUGGCGCGCUCGGGGCGGAAGUGGAGGAGGGCGUGUGGGCGGCGUGUGUGGAGGGACUGGAGGACGCGUUCGCGGCGCUGCCGCAGAGGAAGAGCAAGAAGGAGAAGAGGGGGAAGGGUGUGGUACAGGCGCCGCCGAUUUCGAGGGGGGCGUCGAAGGGCAAGUCAAUGUUUGAGCUGCUCGCGGACGUGGAUGCGUGAGCGGCGGGGAGGGUGCGGUCGGUGUGCGUGUACAGGUGUGCGUGUACGAUGCUCUGCAGUAUCUAAAAUAUGUUGUAUACAUGUGACAUUCUGUUUGCCUAUGAAGUGUACUCUGUUGGUGUGA